UACUUUUGUAUACUUUUAUAUAUAAAAUAAAAGAAUUAUUUAUAUUGUAUAAUAACUGAAAUUGAGAUAAAAAAUUUUCUUAGUGUUUCAUAAGAUGUAUGUGUGCUAUUAUGUAUAAAAAUUAUUGAUUUAAAUAAGAAAAUGUGAAUAUUUUGUAUUCUAUACUUGAUAUUUUUUAAAUUAAGACACACAUAUGAUGUUUACAGUGGCAACAUUUAUUGGUUCACCCACGUAGCAUACGAAACUGGGAAAAUGCUGCUAUAGUAAUAACUUUGUUUCUUCUUUUACCUUCCAUCGACAUGGGAAUACGAGAACAAAAUGCGCACUCAAAGAUGCUGCAAAUGAAUACGAUCGGUAUAUCUACGCGAAUCUACUGGAUUCCAACGUACAUUAUUGAUUUUCUUCUAUAUACACUCUCCAUAAUGCUGUUCGAAAUUGCUAUCUUAAUUAUCUAUCAUCGCACAUUGCAUUUCUCAAACUUAGAAAUUGUCCAAGUGCUGAUAAUAUUCUUAUGUUACGGAGGGUGUGCCAUUCCAUUAGGUUAUUGCAUACAACUUUUUACAAGGAAAGCACAAAAUACAUAUCUAAUCGUCAUAAUAAUCAAUUUCAUAGCCAGUUAGUUCGUUAAAUUUUAUAUUGCAAUAUACAAAAAACAGUUUUGUUAAAAUGUAUAAAAAUCUAUUUAAUAAUAAUUGUUUAUUUAAUAUAUAUAAUUGAAAACAAAAUCACUGGAACAUUUAUCUUAUCUGGCCAAAUUUUUAUAUACUUUAGCAAAAUUGUUCUUUCUGUGUAUUUACAAAUUUUAAUUUAAAAAAACCGUUUAAUUUAACUGCAUACAAAAUAUCUGUAAUUAAAUAAAGAAUACGUUUUGCAGUACUAUUGGUGAACAGCUCUAUUAUUUUUCCAUUGAUCUUUCGCAUACUCGGCAGCACCGGAAGAUACGUGUUGGUGGUUCUUGUACAUAUAUUUCCACCGUACAUUUUAGCUUGUGCUUUAAGUAAUUACAUUAUGCUGAAUUUAUAUAAUAGACACUGCAGCUACUUUCAUACCUGCGAUACAGAAUUUUAUAUUGAAGAUCCUUGUUGUCGUAAGUUCAUAAAAAUGAUUAUUAUUAUAAACAAUUAUUUCUACUGUGUACAACUUUAAUAUUUCAGAAAGUUGUGAAGGCGUAGAAUGUUAUACCCAAUUAGACGUAAUGUUGAUUAAACAAUCCGGCUCUGAGUAUGAUCAUUCGGUCAUAGACGACAUACUUUUAAUGAUAUCUCUAAUGUUUGCCUUCUACAUAGUGUUGGAAGUUUUUGAAAAAAAAAAUCGUAGAAAGUGGUACAAUUAUUUUGUAUCUUCCUUGAAAGACAACGAUAUUACAGAGUCAGAAGUCAUGGAGGAAAAGAACCGAGUCGAAGAAUAUAUGAAACGUAAGAAAAAAAUAGACAGGUAGAAGAUAAAAAUUAUCUAUUAUGUUACUUGCGUUUUAAAACUUAUAAAUUUAGAAUGCAAAUACUUUUUUACUGUUAAAUAAUUUUUACUUUUACUUAAAAAAUAUUUUAUCCUCUUCUGCAUAUAGAUUACGAUGAAACAAAGACGCUUCCGUCCCGAGUUGCUCUUGUUGUCCAAAAUUUGACAAAGAAGUACUCUGGAGAAACGGUGGUUCGAGGAAUCAAUUUUAAUGCAAGCAAAUUUAUCUAAUUCUAAUUAUAAAAUUUGUUUCCAUAUAUCUUUUAUUUUACUAUAUAACCCUUACGAAAAGAAUACUGUCAAACUCGUUAAAAAAACUAUUGAAACUAAGAAUGUAUAAUUUCAGCAUGCGUUGAAGAUUAUAAAAUUUUUCACAAUUAAUUAUACACGCGAACGUUUAAUAUUAAUUCGUAGUAUUUUAUAUAUUUUUGUAUUAUAUAUUUUUCUAUUCUGUUUUAUAUUUAUAUAUUUCAUAUAAUAAUGUGUAAUAUUAAAUUUUAAUAGCUUUUUGUAAAUCUUGUUUAUCCAUGAAAGAAUACAAUAUUAAAUACACAGAUUUUCUAUUUAGAUCUACAACCAAGAGUGUUUCGGAUUGUUAGGAUUUAACGGUGCGGGAAAAUCAACGAUAUACAAAAUGCUAGUGGGUCACACAAAAAUGUCGGCAGGCAAAGCAAUUUUGUAUGGAUACGAAUUCACAAGAGACCAAGAUAUGGUAAGCGUUACCUUAUCAUUCGUCAAAAAUGCAAUCAAGUUAUUAUAUCAUUAUAAAAUACAAAGCAUUUGACAAAGAACCAAAAUCCAUAUUUCUUCUACAUCCAAUAUUUUAAAAACAAUUUUUAAUUUAGUUUUUAUUAGGAAAUUAUUAGGAAAAUUUUUAUUGUUUUAUAUAAAAAAUGUCAUCAAGUUUGUAGGCAUGAUAGGGUACUGUCCGCAAACUGACGGACUGAGCGAUUUCAUGACGGGAAGACAAUGCUUGCAGCUUCACGCGGCACUUCGCGGUGUCCCAUACGAGCAUAUCAACGACGAAAUAAACAAAUGGCUGGAUUUAUUAGGUAAAAAUAUACGAAUCAAAGACUAAUUAAAUUAAAACAAAUUAAAAAUGUCUUGCUCAAUUUAAAACAAGACGAAAUGUUAAUGUUGAAAUGGUUUUUAAUACUAAAAUUUAUUUUCUAGAUAUGUUGGAUUUUGAGAAUAUGAAAAUCGCCCAUUAUCCCUGGGGAAUACAAAGGAGGCUUUGCAUACUGCAAAGUUUAAUUGGCGACUUGCCGAUGAUAUUUAUGGACGAACCUACCGCUGGAAUCGACAUAAUAUCCAGACACGCAAUCUGCGAAAUUUUGCAUCAGAUACGGGAGAUGGGGAGAUCUAUAUUGAUCACUACGCACAGUAUGCGAGAAGCAGAAGCGAUGUGUUUGCGCGUUGGUGUUUUGGCUGACGGACAGUUUACUGCAAUUGGAUCUUGUGAACAUCUAAAGGCAAUGUAUGGCCGUAACUUCAUACUGAAUAUUAAAAUAGUACCGGGAUAUCAACUUGCAAAACUCGACAAGAUCAAAAAAAUCAUAAGUGAAAGCUUUCCAACAAUAAGAUUCAAAGAUAGUUAUUUGGGUGUUCUUAAAUACGAAUUGGAGAGUGGCAUUUCGUACAGUUACAUGUUUGAUAAACUCGAAAAGCUAAGGCAGAGAUACGUGUGGAUCACUGACUUUUCGGUCACUCAACCCUCAAUGGAUGAAGUAUUCCUAACUCUAGCUAAACAACAAAGGAAGUUUCAUAAAGAAUUAACACUUUACGAACGUCUACGUUCAUGGGUCGUACGUAUUAUGCGUCAAAUCAACUUUGUUGUCAGAUAAUAUUCCUUGUACAUAUAACUAUGUGC